GCUUCGCACGGGUCACCCAACCACCCUGCAAUUUCUCUUUAGUAAAACAACAUAUGAACUCUGGUCUCCCAACACUUGAAGCUAUACAGAAAGAGAGAGGGGGGGAGAGAGAGAGAUGGCUGAAGAAGAAUCACGGAGCCUUGAAUAUACGCCAUCAUGGGCAGUGGCAACGGUUUGUUUUGUACUUGUAGCCAUCUCCUUGCUGAUUGAGUACGGGCUUCAUCUCUUAUCACGGCACUUCAACAAGAGGAGGAGGAAGUAUCUCAUUCAAGCUCUUGACAAGAUCAAAUCAGAUUUGUUGCUGUUGGGUUUCAUUUCUUUGCUGCUGACUGUCACUGAGAAGCUAAUUGCAAACAUAUGCAUUCCAAAGAAUGUGGCCGAGACCUUUCUCCCGUGCCAAAGCAUGACAAGCGACAGCGAGGAGGAAUCCAAGUGUCAAGAACAGGGAAAGCUUUCUCUGUUGUCCAGAUCGGGCGUCCAACAGCUGCAGUUGCUCAUCUUUGCCCUGGCUUUCUUCCAUGUUUUAUCUUCCUUUCUCAUAUUCAGUCUUGGAAUGGCCAAGAUGAGCAAGUGGGAAUCUUGGGAGGCAGAAACAAGUACGCUGGAAUACCAAUUUUCAAAUGAUCCUCGGAGGUUUCAGCUCAUUCAUCAAACUUCAUUUGGGAGGCGGCACCUAAACAUUUGGAUUGAGCACCAGUUUCUCCGUGUGCCAGUUUGUUUCCUUCGGCAGUUCUACUUAUCUGUAUCCAAAGUAGACUAUCUUACUCUUCGGCAUGGAUUUAUUUUGGCUCAUUUUUCAGAAGGAACUACUUUUGACUUCCAAAAGUAUAUAAGAAGAGCUCUUGAGAAAGACUUCGAGGUAGUAAUGGGAAUAAGCUUCAGGAUUUGGAUAUUUGCAGUACUUUUCAUAUUCCUUAAUGCACAUAUAUUUUACAACUACUACUGGCUUCCCUUUGUUCCAUUAGCGAUGCUAUUGAUAGUUGGAACAAAGUUACAAUGUAUCAUCACAAGAAUGUGCUUAGAUACCAACGAUAAAUCUCAUGUUGUUAGAGGGGCUUUGCUUGUUAGGCCCAGUGAUCACUUCUUCUGGUUGGGGCGACCAAAAUUGCCUCUCUAUCUGAUUCACUUCAUUUUAUUUCAGAACUCAUUUCAGCUGGCAUUCUUCACAUGGUCUUGGUAUAAAUUCGGAUUAAGGUCUUGCUUCCAUAGAGAAACCGAGGACAUUGUCAUAAAGCUUGCCUUUGGUUUAUUGGUUCACUUCCUCUGUGGCUAUGUAACACUACCUCAAUACGCUUUAGUCACUCAGAUGGGCACUUCAAUGGGAAAAGCUGUGUUCACGGAGGAAGUUGUUCAAGGCCUGAAGAAAUGGAGAACCAAGGCCAAGAAGAACCUAGCUCUAAGGAACAUAUACCCGGCGCCUCUUUCCCUGGAUGCUUCCAUUACUUCACUUGACACUUCACCCUCUUUUGGCACCAUUGAUGCUUCAUUCUCUGCAGAACGUGAUAAUUCACAACAUUUUGAUGCCCGUCAUCCCUCAUUUCGGGUAGAACUGAACGAUCCCGGCUCGGUUGAUGGCGGCUUUGUGGCAUUUGAAGUUGAUGGCGAAGAAGAAAGUGUGGAACAGAAUCAGAAGUUGGGAUCCUUUCAGGGCUUUGUUUUGAGCAAAACAUAGUUAUUCUGUUUUGUUUUGGUUUUUUUCUGUUCUUUUUGAUCUGUGUUCUUGUAUAUUCGUUAUAUAUCAAAGGUGAAAAGCCAUAAAUUUGUCAAAA